CCUUGACCUUCGCUCUUGUCUCGUGGCGUCUCUGCGGCUCCGCGGCCGAGCAGAUGGUGAGGUUGCUCUGCGUGGCGUCUCUGCUCGGGUACGCCAGCGCUGGGUGGACGGGAGCCCUCGGCUUGACGUUCGAGUCGAACAAGCCCGUCGAGGCCAAGUCGCUCUUCUGCCCGAGCGGCUUCAUCACUGGCAUCCGCGUCAAGUACGGCCGCACGAGGGACGAAGAUAGGGACUUGUACGACUUCAAGCUCAAGUGCGGCCAGCGCUGGACGAGCUGGUCGGGGCUGUGGUUCAAGAACGAGUUGGAGGACAAGACGUACGAGUGCCCGGCAAAGAUGUACGUCACGGGGAUCGAGGUCAAGCGGGGGCGGCGUGAGUGGGGCGACAAGGACACGUACGACUUCAAGCUGCAGUGCUCGGGCGUGUGGCAGGACUUCAUGGGCAUGAAGUUCGGGGGGCAGCAGGAGCAGGCGGGCACCGAGUGCCCCAGCGGCGAGGGCACCUCGGGGCUCAAGGUGUUUCGCGGCUUUGUCGACUGGGGCGACAAGGACCUGUACGAGUUCGAGCUCAACUGCAAGUCGAUCGCGGCCAACUUGGCGUCGAUCCGCGGCCUGCCCGAUCUCAAGAUGCUGGGGCUGCAGCGAAACGUGCUGGUGUGGGACGGGGAGCAGCUCGGCGCGUGGCUAGAGGCGCUCGGGUUGGGCGACCUCGCCCCCUCCUUCCUCCACCACAACGUCAACGGCGGCACCGUCUUCUUGCUGACCGAGGAACACUUGCGCGACCUCGGCUUCAGCGUCGUCGGCGACCGGCUCUACUUUAUCGAGCUGCUCACCCAGCUGUACGACGACAUCGUCGCGUGGUCGAGCAAGAUCGGCGUGCAGCUCGCGACGCACCCGGUGCCGCCGCUUCGGCAGAUCGGCCUCACGCUGCAGCCGACGACGUGGAGCGUCAAGGACGUGUGCAAGGUGCUCAAGGCUGUGGGGCUCGAGGAGUACGUUGAGCUGUUCGUCGAGCACCGGAUCCAGGGCGACGUGCUGUUCAACCUGACCGAGGAGAACCUCAAGGAGAUGGGCAUCGAGAAGAUUGGCGACCGCCUCCUCAUCACCGACAUCGUCCAGACGCUCUACGAGCAGGUGACGGGGUGGCAGCAGCAGCAAGUCAACCCGCAGUCCCUGCUGCAGCUGGGCGCGGCCUGACACGGUACGGCACGGCCGCUGGGGAAGCGGCGCCCGCGCUCUCCGCGCCGUGAGAGCGGCGGAUGGCUGCCCUAGAGGCCGGUGACGAGGCGCCCGCGUUGCGCACAUAUUUGAGCCGAAAGGGGGGGGGGGGGGCGCCGGUCCGCGGAGUACCGCCCAGCAUGAUGCGCGCCUAGUCGUUUACAAACGUACAUAUAGCUUGCGAGGGGGCUCUUUGCGGGCGCCUAGAUCUAACUUCCCAUCCUAAAAGC